CUUUCAAGCUGGCAACAGCAGUUAAAUGAGGACAGAGAGAAAGGUACAAUAUGCAAUAUGAUACUUUCUCACUGUCCUCCCCUCCAACCCGAUACCCGGGAAGGGCGUGGUCCAUCUUGGACGGCAGCUUUGCUUCAACCUCGGCUCUCUCCUAGCAGACAGGACAGCAUCGCUGUGGCGGGAGGCCCUGAAGUCUGAACAGGGCCAUGGAGGGCUCUGUGCUGAGCCCCACGUCCUGGGAGAAACGACAGGCCUGGCUCCGUCAGAGCCGGCACUGGCAGACCCAGGUCCUGGAAGAGGAGGCUGCAGCUGCCCUGCAGGACGUCCCGGAUCCUGAGCCUUCUGGUCUGGAUGACGUUUUCCAGGAAGGGAAUCCAAUCAACAAGAUUGAAGACUGGCUGCAGGAUUGUGGAUAUUCUGAAGAAGGGUUUUUUGAGGAAGCAGGACAGUCGAUCUGCAAUGGGUGCCCCAGCCACGGAACCAGCUUUGAAGAUGACUUGACCCUUGGAGCAGAGGCCACACUGUUGGCCACCAACAGCAAACUCUUCUCCAGGAGUUUCCUGGAGACAGCCCGGCCAGGCCAGCGAUUCAAUCUUGGCUGCAGUUUGGCUUCCAGCAGCAUGACUGGUGGGACCAACAAAACUAGUUCAAGCAUCUCAGAGAUUCUGGACAAGGUGCAAGAAGAUGCAGAAGAUGUCCUCUUCAGUCUGGGCUUUGGCCACGAGGACCACAAAGACACUUCUCGGAUUCCUGCCCGAUUUUUCACCACCCCUUCUCAGGCCAAAGGCAUUGAUUUCCAGCUCUUCUUGAAGGCUCAGGUGCGGAGGAUUGAGAUGGAGGACCCAUGCCUCAUGCUGGCCAGCAGGUUUAAGCAGGUGCAAACACUGGCCGUCACUGCAGAUGCUUUCUUCUGUCUCUACUCCUAUGUGUCCAAGACACCUGUCCAGAAGUUCACACCAUCCCACAUGUUCUGGAAUUGCAACCCAUCUGAUGUGCCAUCCAUCAAGAUUCUGGCCCCUGAACCUGACCCUCAUUCACCCAGAGAGCGCCUCCGGAAAGCCAUCUCCAAAAUGUGCCUGUACACAUGCCCCCGAGAUCGGCUGUCACCACCCAACGAUACCCCCAAAAGGAACAGUCUAGACCAAGUGGUGUGGGAAGUGAUGGACAGAGUGAGAGGAGAGAAGAUGGUCCUCCAGCAAGACCCUGGGUUUGGGCCAGGCCCACACGGAUAUCCUGUGCCCCCUCUCAGGGGUACAAAACUGCCCACUUCUUCCUGUCCAUGUGUCCUCUGCCCUGAAGAAGAAACACAGCAGGGGCUGGCUACCUGGGCACCAUCACAAAGUCUGGAAACUCUGGAAACUCCGGAUUCUAACCUCAAGAUACCCUGUUGCACACAUCCUCUGCCCAGAGCAGAUCGGCAGUGGAGCACAGACUCUGCACAGGUAAAGAGAGAGCUGUGGGGUCUCCAGGCCACCAACAAGGAAGCCCAUUCAGCCAAGGAUGAGAUCUUCUGGAAAAGAAAGAGCAAAGCAAGAAAGAGUCUCUUUCAGAAGAAUCCCCUGGGCAGGAAGGUUAAGUCAUUGGAUCUGUCCACCAUUCAACAGAAAUGGAAACAGAGCCAAGGGAGAGCAGAACUGCACCGAUCUUACACCCAGCAGCUUCAGGACGCACUUGACUCGGAGGAGGUGCACAGCAACUGUGAGGAGGAAGAGAAUCACUGGCCCAGCAGAUGCCGGUCCCCCCACCUCUACCAGACUUUUGCUGGCAAAGACUCAAGAAGCUGUCACCACCACCACAGCAGCACCUGCUCUGACAGCAGUGGCUUCAUAGAAGAGCCUAAUUCCCACCUCUUCUUGCAGGAGGUUGUACAGCCUCCAACAUCCAGCUGCGGCUCCCUGGCCCUGCAGACUCCCGAUCUCAGUAGGAGAAAAGCAGCGUGGCGCACUGGGCAGAAGACCAGGGUGGGAGACUGGGAAUCUGCGUCCUGAUGCUGUCGUGAACGGCAGGCCCAGAGACAGACCUUAAACAGUCACUUCCUUUCUUUGGUUUUUCUACUAUGCGGGUAUUAGAUUCCAUGCUCUGCAUGAUGUGGACGGUGUAAAAUGAACAAAGACUUAAUUUUCUCCGCAGCUUUGACACUGCCUAGGGCAGUUAGAAGAUUUAAGGAUGAUCCAGUUUGAGGAACAAGGUUUGGAACUGGAAUAUUCUCAAAAUGCUCAAGCUAAGUGAAAAAGGACAAAACCCGCUUUCAGACUCUGAAACCUUGGUGCAACCUCAGUGGGACUCCCUGGGACUCCCUCUGAGCCUCUGCUCAUCCCUACAUAUUCCCGUUAAAUUCCAGAAAGUCUUCCACCACAUCAGAGUCCUGUUUUUCUUCUUGAGGCCUCAUCCAAGGAAAUUCACAUGUACCCCCCCCCCCCAUUAAAGCCAGCUUCUCCCUCAGUCCCAAAUGUUGUAUCUUCACAGUGAAAUAGAUGCAUGGGAUUCAGUCCCUCCUCUUGGACACUGCAAAAAGUUCACAGUAUUUUCUGCUGGCAGAAAACAAUACAAAUAAAAAUAUGUUUUUAAACCUUG